AAGGUAUGUACCCGAUUCGUCUCAAUUAGAUGUCACAAAUAAACUAAUUUGUGACCCAAAUUUUUAGCUGUCAAUAAAAUGUCAACAAAAAUAUGGUAUAAUAUUGAGCUUGCGGAGCUCGCAAAAGUCAAAAAGUUAAGGGAGAACAAAAUAGGGUAGACAUUAAAUAUUAAUAUUUAUUUUUCCUUAACCUUAAUUAAGAAAAUAAAAGAUGACAUUAAAAAAAGAUUUAAAAUUAUUAGUAAAACCGUAUUAUUGGAUUAAUAUACUCUUGAGCUUAUCAUAUGUAAUUGCAAAAAGAACUCCGAUUUUAUGCAACUAUGUUUUUUAUCAUAAAAAUGAAGAAAGAUGUGAACUUGACGGGAGAGAAACUGAAAUUUUAUUUUUCUUGCUAAUUGUUAUAAUGAUUAGAUCACGAAAGACAGGAAGUGUUACUUUAAUUAGUUAUUUGACAUCAUCAUUCAUAUAUACGAAAAUAGCUAAUUUAAUAUUAUGGACUUAUGGAGAUUUUCGCUUUGGAAUUGGAUUUUUAAUUUUAUUCGUACUAUUGGGACUGUUAUUCCCAGAGCCAACUUAUACAGGACCAGAGCAUGUGACUUAUUUCCGAAGUGCUGAUGCAUUAGAAGAAGAACUAAAGCGCGACAAGAAAAAUAUUUGGCUUAUUUGUUUCUACACCGUGUGGAAUCCAGCGUGUGUUAAUUUUGCACCCAUAUUUGCAAGUUUAUCAGCUGAAUAUCAUUUAAAUACUUUACGUUUUGGAAAAAUCGAUAUAGGCAGAUUUCCAGAAGCUGGAAAAAAAUUCCAUGUAUCAGAUAAUUCUUUAUCAAGACAAUUACCGACAAUAAUACUAUUUAAAUAUGGAAAAGAAGUUGAUCGAAGACCUUUUGCCGACUCAAAAGGAAAAUUACAAAAAUUUUUCUUUUCAGAAGACAAUGUGAAAGCUGCAUUUGAAUUGAACAAUCUGUAUACCGAAUCUAAAUCACACCAUUCAAGCACAAAAGCUAUUGCAAAACACACUAAAACCGAAUAAAUUGUAUUAUUAAAUUAUUGUGCAUUUGUUAAAUUAUUUUAAAAAUCGUUUAAAUAAAAAAUUAGAAAAGUAAUUUAGUAAAUAUUAAGUUUCGCCAAAAAUGUUAUCAAUACAUAAUAAAAUCUAGAAAUAUAACUUAUUUAAAUUCUCAAA